UCCCUCGGCGGAUGUUCACUCUUUUUUCUUCGAGUUUUGACGCUGAUAUUAAACUACAAGCCUUAGUUGUAGAAGCCAAAACGGGAAUUUAUAACGCCAGUGUACGGAACCGAACAGCCGAGCAAAGACAUUGUGUCGCCAGUUGUCGUUGUCAUAAUUUUAUACUGUAACGCUGUGAAAUAUGAUUUGAUGUGAGAAACCCUUCGAGACGCAGACGGCGCCAUUAAACCAGUUCGACCGACAGUGGACUUUCCAGCCGCAAAGACUUGACUGACUUCAGAUAAAACGGCUCACCGCGAUGGUUUUACUGUUCGCAGUGUCCUGAUCACUACGGAUCCAACCCACAGCGAGAUCACUUCACCUAUCCUGCCAUCAGGAGUGAGGAUACGUAGGUUUAAAGAUCAAGUUCACCCAACAGACAUCAUGUCUUCCCGGGAGCGUCGGACAGAUGUCUACAUAAAGGCAGAACCAAGCAGUCCAGAGGGAGGUGGGGGAGGUCGGACCAGCCCUGGUGGGGCCUCCUCGGACUCCUCUCAAAGCGGAGGUGGAGGAGCCAGAGGAGAUGGAGCUAAACGUUACUCACCGCCACUCUACACACCAGCUCUGCGCUGUCAUUUUAAAGACGAGGGUGGUGAUGGGGCAGAGGAAGGCUCCACCGGAAAUGGAGCAGGGCGAUGCAAGUAUGCCCUGAGCACGCUGCCCAAGAGGCUGUGUCUCGUAUGUGGGGACGUGGCCUCGGGUUAUCAUUACGGCGUAGCGUCAUGCGAGGCCUGCAAAGCAUUCUUCAAAAGAACCAUUCAAGGUAACAUUGAGUACAGCUGCCCUGCAUCGAAUGAGUGUGAGAUCACCAAAAGGCGCAGAAAGGCUUGUCAAGCAUGCCGCUUUACCAAGUGCCUCAAAGUAGGCAUGCUGAAAGAGGGAGUUCGCCUCGACAGGGUCAGAGGUGGAAGGCAGAAGUACAAGAGGCGCCCCGAAGUGGAGAAUGCAACAUACCAGAGUGCCCCUCUACCACUGACUAAGGAGAGUGAAAAAGGGUCCUCCAACAUCAUCGUAUCCCAUCUCCUAGUGGCAGAGCCAGAGAAGUUAUUUGCCAUGCCUGACCCCCUGCAGCCUGACACUGCCCAGCGUACCCUCACCACCCUCUGUGACCUCGCAGACCGCGAGCUGGUUGUGAUCAUCGGCUGGGCCAAACACAUUCCUGGCUUCCUGUCCCUGUCGCUGGCAGACCAGAUGUCGGUGCUGCAGUCGGUGUGGCUGGAGGUGCUGGUCCUGGGCGUCGCUUACCGCUCGCUGGGCUGUGAAGACGAGGUGGUGUUCGCAGAGGAUUUUGUCCUGGACGAGGAGAUGUCGCGUGUUGCUGGACUGACGGAGCUCAAUGCAGCGAUCAGUCAGCUCGCCCGCCGUUUCCGAGCACUAAACGUGGACCGAGAGGAAUUUGUCAUGUUAAAAGCCAUCGCACUCACAAACUCAGAUUCCGUUUACAUUGAGGACAUGGAGGCCGUGCAGAAGCUGCGAGACCUCCUCCACCAGGCCCUGCUGGAGCUGGAGUGCCAGCGGCGUCCAGAUGACCCCCAGCGGGCGGGACGGCUCCUUUUAACUUUGCCUCUCCUCCGACAGACUGCUGGCCGCGCUCUGACCACAUUCUACAGCAUAAAGACCCGCGGAGGUGUACCCAUGCACAAACUCUUUCUGGAGAUGCUGGAAGCCAUGAUGGACUCUCCUUAGAGAGGGAAAGAAGGAGAAAUUUAGAGGAUCCAGACGAAGUCCCAACUGAGAUUUAGUCUUGAAGAGUGGAUGAGUGGUUUAUAAAAAAAGGAAAGCUUUUAUCAGAGAAUCAUUAAAGAGGAAAUUUUCCCGCCUUUCCCCCUCUGAGCAGGAUGAAAGAAGCCAACGAGAUCAGGAAAACUUAGGUCUUCACGUUUCUGGGUAGGAAUUGGCUAUUCACAGUGAGAUGUAACUGCCAAACUUCAGUCAAAGGCGCCAUGAUCCACAAGUGAAAACGUGUAACAUAUAAGCUGGAAUCCGUUUUAUUUUUAUCUACUUCAUGGCAUGCUUUUUCACCACGUUGAUAUGCAGUUACUUAAACCACUGGAAAAUAACUUUUAGGUACCCAAGAACAGACUGCAAUCGUGUAGCUUUUGAACUUUUGAACAAUGCUACACCUGCACAUGAAAGCCAUAAUAACACAUCUGGCAAAAAAAAAAUGAGGGUCCAGAAUGGAAAUAAGUCAAAAUGUACAUGAAGUGCUUGUAUUCACUAUAGUUUAGUGUGCCGUUGUAGGCAAACCAUAGGAAUUACUCUCAAAAUGUUAAAAGCAAUAUAAUGACUCGAUUGUUGUCAGUCACAUUGAAAAUGUGGAUAAUACCAAGAGGCAUUGGUAAGUCGAUGUGUGUCAGUUAUUCUCGACUCGUUGGACCCCGAGUGCUGGUUAUUUUUAGACUCAAGCUUCAAGUAGAAACUGGUUUGCUAAGAAAGGCCUGAGUAGUCUCAACUUCUUUAAAAGUUCUUUAAGAGAGGCUAAAGGCAGCAGGGUUAGAGGUCGGGGUGGAGAGCCACCGGCGCUAACAGCAGGUGUUUUAAAGCCUAGGCCGCAGCAGGUUUGUCAUCCAGAGGAAGUGAACAUGAAGGCUGUGCGUCCGUUGGUCUUAUUGGCACACAAAAAACUGGCUUCCAGCGUGCGUGUGUGUGUGUGUGUGCGUGUGUAUGAGUGUUGGUGAGCAAGUGGAAAGCAGUGCGAUCAGGGAAGAACACAUCUGAGCGACGUCCCACCCCGCGUGGCAACAACUCUGAUUAGAAAAGCUACGAAGGAGCCCGGCCUGCUUAUUUUUUGAUUCUUUUUUAAAUACUCCCUCCUCUAAUGAAGCCGCGUACGUUUUUAAAAAAAGAGAACAAAAAAAGCAGUUGCUUUAUUUAGUACGUGGGCUAAAAGGAGAAUCGCUAACCCAUGUGAUGGUGUGUAUGUGCUGGUAUUUUGCUGCAUUAUCUGCAGCGCCGAAGAAAGUUGCAUAAAAGAUCUCCAAUGUUUCAGUUUGAGAUCCUCCUCCUCCUCGCCCUCGUCCUGUGGAUGCACAUCUGUUGAACUUGAACUUGUUAGUGUCCUGUGUUGGGCUCAGGGCUACAAGAAACUUAUGCAACAUCUUCCUUUUGGAUGUUGAAACCUGGCUGAUAGCGUCCCAAAAGUCCUUUAUCGGACGGUUUGUACACCUGAAGUGUAAAUUUUGGUAAGGGUACAGCUUCACAUGCAGAGCUUCUUUAUCUGUUGUAAAAAAAAAAAUCAGAUCCCAGAAAAUAUUUAAUGGCCAAGUGGUUGUUACUCUUUUAGCCAUGUACAGUUCCAUAUAAAUAAACAUGCAAUUUGUAGUGAAAGAUGAUUAAGCCAGCAAAUGUAAUACUAAUUUCCCAUUAUGAUUAUAUUUGUGCAGCUUCCAGUGUGCUGAUGUUUGUAAAGACUUGAAACUCACUUUUUCAUACAGUUUCCCCUCUAGGACAUAAGGGUAUAUUAUUUAAAUUGUGACACUCUGUUUUGGGUUCGGUGUUGAACUAGAGCUUUUCAUUUCAGACAUGAUUAACACUAAUUUCCUUUCCUUUGUUUUCACCCCAUAAUCGCAGUGCUCUCGGAGGCUGGUUGUUAUUUUUAGGGUUUGCACGAGGCUACAAGAGGCUACCUCAGGAGGCAGCGUAAGCCAGACGGCCAAAUAACUGUGGAGACAAACGCAUCUCUGGAUUUAGAUUUCUCAGUUAAGAUUUGGAUAUUUGGUACAUUUGAACCCAUUAGUUAGUUUUUUGGUUUCUGCUUUAGUCACUUCGAUCUGCGUGUGACCCGCUGACCCUCAUUUCUGCCAUGACCCCUAGAGGUUUGAUAAUCACACCGAGCUGUUCAGCCUGAAUAUGCAGGUGAUGAAUGAGCAACUGGCGGCCAAAGAAUUAACAAAUUGGGCAGAAUGUGGCUCCCAUUUCCCGUCCGUUCUUGUUUUCAUAAGUCUCAGCUGCAGUCUGAAAAUAUCCUAAUCUCUGAUGGAUUUUUACUAGUCAGAUUUGACAGACGGUUGCCACAUUUCCUACCGACGCCGGGGCCAAAAAGGAGCGCUCCCUGUUUCUUCCUCGUGACUUUAGUUAUAUAUGCAAAGUUGGACUUUCUUUUUUGUUUGUUAAUUUAGGUACGAUGGGUUUGGGUGGAGGGUUUGUCACAUGCAGUGUCACCGUUUAAAUUAUUAAUUCAGUUUUAGGUUCUGUUACUUAUGUGCACAUUAAUAUAAAUAAGCAAUACAAUAAAUUACCAAACCUCACACAUUUCCUUGUAUAGCCACAGUGUACAUUAACAUGACCAGUGAUAAUUAUAAAUAGCUAAUAAACGUCAUCUUAUUAGAAUCUUAUUAGAAUCUUAUUUGUAUUUUGAAAGACUAUUUAAAUGAUUAAAUUCUAUUUUUUACUCAAUUUAUUGUCGUUUGUUGACACUGCUUUGUUUUUGUGUGUGAUACUGGCUGUGAAUUUCUGUGUGUAGGCUUUUUUUUUCUUUUUCUUUUUCAUUUAGAUGAAACAGUUUGAUGUCCUUGUCUGAACAUGUCCACAUUAAACCCACUGUGAAAAGAAAAAAAAAACUUUAGAUCUUCCACUGUCUGAAGCUACGGGGAGUGGAUUAUUGUAGGUGCUUUGUGUUGUGUAAUAAAAUGGACACACCACCACCACAAAACAAUGGCCUCAUCUCUACCUGUGGGUGUUUGUCUGUGUGUCUGUUGUGCUGUACAGCCCUGAUUCCACCAAAAAGCUGACAUGUUGUGAAAAGUAUGAAUCAAACAAGCACAGUGCACAUUUUUUUUCAAUGGAAUAAAAUGGAGUUGGGA